CAUGCAACAGGCGGCAAUCUACCCCUGGGCAGGGGUCUUGGGCAACAGGCGGCAACCUACCACUGGGCAGGAGCCUCAGGCAACAGGCGGCAAUCUACCCCUGGGCAGGGGUCUCGGGGACUCAACGGGACUCUAGCUGUGGAGUCUGGCCUCAGCACAGAUCCCACCCAGCUUUCUAGGGACAUUGGGUUCAUGGGGACUCAACGGGUAGCGAUGGCUCAAGCACUCAGGGGCACCACAGGUACCUAUACUCCGGGCAUGCCAUCAGGACACGCGUGGUCAGUGCACACAGUGGGGCAGUUGGGAACACGGGUGGUCGGUGCACACAGCGGGGACAGUUCAGAACACGAGUGGUCGGUGCACACACCGGGGACAGUUCAGAACACGAGUGGUCGGUGCACACCGGGGACAGUUCAGAACACGAGUGGUCGGUGCACACCGGGGACAGUUCAGAACACGGGUGGUCAGUGCACACAGCAGGCACAGUUCAGGACACAGGUGGUCAGUGCGCACAACAGGGACAGUUCAGGACACGGGUGGUCGGUGCACACAGUGGGGACAGUUCAAAACACAGGUGGUCGGUGCACACAGCGGGGAUAGUUCAGAACACGGGUGGUCGGUGCACACAGCAGGCACAGUUCAAGAC